UAACUAAUUUUAUAGUCAUUAUUAGUAAAGUGAAAUUGAGCAUUUGAUUACUUUCGUCUUACUCCACGUGAUAAACGGCGCUUGCGCAACAGUAUUGUUCAGUGAAAUCGAUGCAUUGAUCGAAUUUUGAAUUGGAAAAUAUGUCAUAAGAUUUCGAUUAAAGGAAAAAGAAUGGCAGCUGACUUUUCGAAGAUAAGAUAUGUUUAAACAUUAACUAAUGGAUGCCAGUGAUUCAGGAAGAGAUCUUAUACCAGUGAAGGAGAAAAAAGAUGAUACAGUUAAACAGUUUCCAUCAGAACUUGAUCGAACCUUUCGAAUUGAGAGACAUGCUAUAUCUCACAUUGAUCAUGAUGAUUUGGAAGACAAGUAUUUAAGACUACAUGAUGAGCAUAUAUUGCUGAAGAAGUAUGCAAGAAAACAAGAAGACAAGAUUAAAAAACUUGCCACUAAAUUAAGUCGUCUGAUAAAUGAUAAAAAACGUUUGGAACAAGAAGGUGGCACAGGAAAUAGAAAAAGAGAUGUUGAAAUGGAGGAAUUAGUUCAAGAUUUGCAAGAUAAAGUAAGAGAAGUAGAAAAGCAAAAUUGUCAACUGCGUGAAAAAUUGUUAAUUGCUAAACAACAAGCUUUAAUUCAUGCCAAAAGACCUUCUGGAUAUCGUUAUGUUACACCUAGAGUAGAUUCUGGACGAUCUAAACCUGGUACUCCAUCUAGAACAGGAUCUCCUGCAACUAGAUUGAGUUAUUUUCAUCCUUCAUCAAGAGUUUCUCCAUCAUCAGCACUUCCUAAUUAUGCUUGGAGCCUAGUUGAAGAAGCACGAAAUGAAAUAAAACAUUUAGAGGAAACAGUAAAUUCUCUCAGAUCACAGUUAGAUAUUGUUGAGCAGGAAAAUGAAAUUUUAAAAGAACAGCUUAAAUUGAAAGAAUUUGAAUAUAAUGAAGAAUUGUUAAACUUAAAAUCUCAACUCACACAAGGUCAAAAACAACAUGUUCAAGAGAAUAUGGAUUUAAUUCAGCUGCAUCGUGAAGUUAAACGAAAAUCUAGUAAAAUGGCAAAUUUACAAGCACAGUAUAAUGAUUUAGAUGAGAAGAUAAAAUCAUUGAAAAUGAGUAAUGAUCUUCUACUAAAAGAGACAGAUAAAUUAAACAAACUGUUGAGAGAAGAACAGAAUAAAAAUUUAGAACUGCAAGAAGAAUUAGGGAAAGCUUCUUCAAUUGAAAGGACAAUGAUACAAUUUCAAGAACAAAUUACUGAUUUAACUAAUGAAAAUAAAAUUUUAAAAGAAUCAAAUCAAAAGUUAAUUGACAGUGCUCUUGGUGAAGAAAGAUAUCAACAUUAUGAAUCAAGAGAAUCAACAUUUAAACAACAAAUUACCAAAUUGGAAGCAACUUUAAAAGCAGAUCUUAAAGAAAAAGAAACACUGUUGGCAAAUUUAGCUGAAAUGAAAGAAGAAAAUUCUCAAUUUAAAAUCAAAUGCAAAGAAUUGGAAGAAAAUUAUAGUCAUUACAAAAGUAAAUUUGAAGAAUUAGAAAAUAAAAUGAACUUAUUUAAUAAGGAAACAGACAUUGAUAUAUUACAACUUGAGGAAGCUCUAGACCUUAUUCAAAGAAGAAAAUUAGAUGUAGCAAAUACUGAUAAGUCAAAUGAGAAGGAAGAAAAGGAUUUAAAAGCAGAAUUACAACAAUCACAAAUUGACCAUGCAGAAACAAUCGCAGAGCUGGAUAAGACACGAAAUAUGUUAGUUGUACAGUAUAAAAUAAAUAAAGAUUAUGAAGCAGAAAUUGAGACUAUAAAAAAGAAAACUGAGCAAAUGGAAAAAGAAUAUCAAACAAAAUUAGAAGAAUAUAAUUAUCUUCUUGAAAUGAGAGAAACAAGGCUAAAGAAAUUGGAAAGAGAACUUAAUGAUAUUGCAUAUGGAACCAACAAAUAUAAAAUACAAACAGCUGAUUUAGAAGAUCAGGAGAAUGUUGUUGAGCUUGAAAGAGGAAAGAAUUUACUUGAAAUUCAUAUUAAUUCUGUAAUUUUGAAAGUAAAUGUUUGGAUUGUUAUUGAAUUACAAUUUUUGUUUUUAAAACAGGAAACAGACAUUGAUAUAUUACAACUUGAGGAAGCUCUAGACCUUAUUCAAAGAAGAAAAUUAGAUGUAGCAAAUACUGAUAAGUCAAAUGAGAAGGAAGAAAAGGAUUUAAAAGCAGAAUUACAACAAUCACAAAUUGACCAUGCAGAAACAAUCGCAGAGCUGGAUAAGACACGAAAUAUGUUAGUUGUACAGUAUAAAAUAAAUAAAGAUUAUGAAGCAGAAAUUGAGACUAUAAAAAAGAAAACUGAGCAAAUGGAAAAAGAAUAUCAAACAAAAUUAGAAGAAUAUAAUUAUCUUCUUGAAAUGAGAGAAACAAGGCUAAAGAAAUUGGAAAGAGAACUUAAUGAUAUUGCAUAUGGAACCAACAAAUAUAAAAUACAAACAGCUGAUUUAGAAGAUCAGGAGAAUGUUGUUGAGCUUGAAAGAGGAAAGAAUUUACUUGAAAUUCAUAUUAAUUCUGUAAUUUUGAAAGUAAAUGUUUGGAUUGUUAUUGAAUUACAAUUUUUGUUUUUAAAACAGGAAACAGACAUUGAUAUAUUACAACUUGAGGAAGCUCUAGACCUUAUUCAAAGAAGAAAAUUAGAUGUAGCAAAUACUGAUAAGUCAAAUGAGAAGGAAGAAAAGGAUUUAAAAGCAGAAUUACAACAAUCACAAAUUGACCAUGCAGAAACAAUCGCAGAGCUGGAUAAGACACGAAAUAUGUUAGUUGUACAGUAUAAAAUAAAUAAAGAUUAUGAAGCAGAAAUUGAGACUAUAAAAAAGAAAACUGAGCAAAUGGAAAAAGAAUAUCAAACAAAAUUAGAAGAAUAUAAUUAUCUUCUUGAAAUGAGAGAAACAAGGCUAAAGAAAUUGGAAAGAGAACUUAAUGAUAUUGCAUAUGGAACCAACAAAUAUAAAAUACAAACAGCUGAUUUAGUACUUCCACACAUGCGCCACCAUCUCGCAGUCUUUAAAGUUAAUAGAGUUGCCUUUAUAAAUUUUCCAAGCGGAUAUGGUCUAUUUGAAAGACAUGCCUAAUUAAUCUGGUGUUCUGGAGGUCCACAUGUACUUCCAGGUCUGUGGCGUUUGUGGACAGGGCGGUGGUAUGCCUGUUGUUAACAAGAUCAUAUUGAUGUUCAUGUACCCUUUUACAUAUUGAAUGUAUAG